GAGACUCCGGCACCGGAUUGUGCUCCAGCCGAUGAACCGCUCUGAGGAGAACCGGACCUACUCCCCAUUUACCUCCACCCUGAGUCCCGCCACGGACACAUGCAUCGGGUUGGCCAUCCUCCUCGUGGUCCUGCUCUCUGUUCUGGGCAAUGGGCUGGUUCUGGUGGUUUGUUACCGCAGGAGGAACAAGAUGGUGGGCUCGGAGCUGCUGUGCGUCAACCUGGCCCUGGUCGACUUCUUUGUCUGCAUCUGUUUCUACCCGCUCUCCAUUACAUCCUCGUUUAACCACAUGUGGCUGGGAGGAAACACUACAUGUGUGUACUACGGUCUUGGCUGCUACACCUUCGGCCUGUGUGGCAUGUUCACUGUCGCGGCCAUCAGCGUCAGCCGCUACAUGAAGACCUGCAACAGCAUUGUUUACUAUGUGUGGUUGGAAGAAUCUAACAUCCGGUUAGCAUGCUGUGUCAUCUGGGUGGUGGCUGUGGUUUGGUCCUGCUUGCCUCUGUUUGGAUGGGGCGAGUACGUCCCUGAACCUUACGGCCUAUCCUGCACUGUGGCCUGGAGGGGUUACCACUCCUCAACCAAGGACGCCUUCUACAUUAUCUGCUCCUUUGUCUGCUUCACGAUGAUUCCCGUUGUCCUCAUCAUGGUGUCCCAGUGUCUGAUCCUCGCCAAGGUUUACCGCUUUUCCUACUUAUUGUCUGCAAGGGGCAUCCGCAACAACCUGCGAAACGUUGAAAAAAGACUCUCGUUGAUGUUUUUCGGCGUCAGCAUGGGGUUUGUGAUUGCCUGGGCGCCGUACGCCAUCGUCUCCUUUCUCUUCAUUUUCUACGAGGACCACGUGUACAUGGCUUCUGAGGGCUACCUGUUUCCCGCACUCUUCGCCAAAAGUUCCCACAUCUACAACCCGUUCAUUUACUUCUACUUCAACAGGACCUUUCAGCGGGAGCUUCGCCAAAUGCUUCUCGUCAUCUGGCCCAAGCUUGGAAGAAAUCGAGUGGGGGUCCACUUCCUCAUCGAACACCAGUUUCCCAUCCACAUACAGAUGCAGGAAAGAAGCCGCGUUCAGAAGAAGAAUGUUGCUGUGUCUCAGGACAGAAUUCAAAGCAAAAGCAAGUGCAAAGAAAAUGAAAAAUGUACCACCAACAACCAGGUCCUUGACAAGCCGGUUCAAACCUGCUGGGAGUCAACGCUGAAAGAAGCCCCCAAGAUUUUGGAAAAUAAUCCUGAAAAACACACCCAACCUGUCUCCUUAUGAACUCACUUUCACUGUUUGGACGUGGGAUUUCUUUUGACACCAACCAAAAAGCCUGGUGUUGUGCGUUUCAGUGAAGUCUCUCAAACUAGUCCUGUUGCUAGAGUUAGAUGCAGAGACUAUAUCUCGGUGGAUGAAGUGCUCUGUCAUUCCAAAUUCUUCAUUCCAUUUCAUUCACUGCAUUCGCUCAAAUUCAUUAAAUUCAUCGUUUAGAAAUCCCAUUUCCAUAAUAAUCAGGGUCAAUACGAUGUAUUUUUUGUGUGAAGGAAAAUGCUUAUGUAUAGGAAUUUCUAUGUGCCUAUAAUCCAUCCUAUUUUCUAGCUGUAUACCAAAGAUUGUCCUUGGUUCUCACAGCAACCUUAUUUAUGGAACUUAAACGUGUUGGUCAUUUCAGCGAUAUGUCAUUUUAUACAUCGGCUUGUUACAUGCAACUAUAACCUGUGUUACUAAACUUUAAAGUGGUUUUUCGCUUGCACCCUGGUCAGGGCUUUAAUAUGUCAAAAAUGUUUGGAUGGAUUAUCAAAAAAUGGUGUGAACUGUGAAUUUGGUGAUGCUCUGACAUUUCCUUUAAUGAUACCUUGAGGCUCACGUUGAUUAAACUUCUGAACCAGUGCAAAA